AUGGUGACGCACUCAGUUUCGAUGGAGACUCACUGGGGAGGAAAUGGCGCGGUUGUGAGCCCGCCAGCACCAGAGAAGAAGCUCAUAUUCCGCUCCACGUCGCCCAAUGCCGACAAGGUGACCACCACUGAUCACCCGCGCCUACAUUGCCGCACGUCUGCGCCAUUUUUUUACUCGCUGACGAGCGUUGUCACGUAUAUAAACCGUGCGCCUCCCGCCAUUUCCACACAGCCGAAGCUCUCCGUUGAUCUCCUCCUCCGAGCGAUCGAUCGAGCACCGGUCUCCAAGCAACAAUGGUGGCCUUCCUCCCCCUACACCCGCAGCCCCCCGCCUCCUGCCACGCCAGCGCCGGUCCCGUCGCCGCCUGCCGCCCACGGCGAUAAGAAGCUGGUGGUGAUGAGGGUGGAGGGCCAGAGCUGCGCGCACCGGGGCUCGCAGUGCCUCGACGGCGCGGCGCCGCUGCCAGGGGCGAAGGUGUCGGUCACCUGCCGCGACAGGAAGAACCGCGUCAUGGCGUGGCGGUCGCCCGUCGCCGACGGGAACGGCUACUUCCGUGCCGAUUUCGGCGUCGAGCGCGCCCGCGACUACUUCAUGGAAGACCCCCGGGAGGCGUGCUUCGUGCGCCUGCUCUCGUCGCCGGACGCCAAGUGCAACGGCAUCACCAACAUCAACCACGGCAUGGAGGGCGCGCCGCUCCGCGACGAGGGCAAGCGGUGGACCGGCCAGGUCGGCUACGAGAACGUCGUGUACGCCGCCGGACCGCUCGCGUUCAAGCCGGCGAGCUGCGUGCCCACGCGUCGAUACUGA